AACAGCACCAUCUCUGGCAGGUGGUGUGUGCUUUGAAACCAUACAGUAGGCUAAUGUUUAGGACGAUAGGUAGGUAGUCAUAGGGGUACAAACACCUUUUAGGUUAUUAAUUUGUCGUUUUUUUGGUUGAUAGUUUCGCGCUACGUGCCAUUACGUCUCCUUUAAAGCGGCUCGGGGAUCGCAUGUGAAUGAGAUGAACGUCGGGGUUUCCCUCUCUGAGCCAGACACUUGGUGCUUCACGGUCAGCGGUGAAUUAGACAACUGCUUCUUCAUCAUGCAGCUCAUGAAAAAAGACGGAAAAGCCCUACAUGUUGAUUAUAUUUCGCCGCCGGUGUAAGUGUGAAUGGGGAGAAAAACCUCCACGGGCCACACGGGCUGACAAGGUCUCACAUCCUGGAGCUGCCUCACCUCAUCCGCCGGCUGUUGCAUACAAAUAUGAUAUGUUGAUGACAUUUUUUUUUUGGAAGUGGUCGUGCCUUUUGUUUUCAUUUCGGGAUAUGUGAUAUGCGGAUCUGUGCGUGGACGCAAACGCAAAUGAGCGGAUGAGUGGUGUUUUUUUUUUUUUUUUUUUUUUUUUUUUCUGCUUUUGAAAAUGAGGAAGCGUUUUCAUAAAGACCCAGAAAAUGGCAAGAAGGUCUCGUCGUCCGUGGGCCCGGAUUUGAGUAAAAUGAGAAGGAAAGGAGCAAAUGCAACAACAGCAGCAUGAUUUUUUUUCUUCCCCCCCACUAAAGAAUGACACCAAAGGAGGUAAAACGGUGGAGGUAGAUAAGACACAGCAUCCAUGAAGGCGAUCUGGACAAGUUAUGAGUCGCUCAUGAUGAACAGAAAUACUUUGCAGCUCGAUAGCAGAUCGUUUCCACAAUAUUGAAAGAUUUUCGGCUUUGGGAGAUUUUUUUUUUUUAAGUCACCAAUCAUCUUAUUUCGCAUUGCAUUUGUUAUAUUUUUUCUUUUUUUUUUUUCUUCAUUUUUUUUUUAUUUUAUAUUUUUGAUCCGGAUCCAGCCCUGACUAUUCAAUGGAAGUAUGUUAUCAGCUGCCGGUUUUGCCUCUUGACAGGCCGGUUCCCAAGCAUGUCCUCAGCCGGAGGGGAGCCAUUAGUUUCAGCUCCAGCUCUUCUCUCUUCGGGGCUCCAGAUCCGAGACAGCUGUCACAGAGACGAGGGGCCAUCUCCUAUGACAGCUCCGACCAGACAGCGCUGUACAUCCGUAUGCUAGGAGAUGUGAGAGUAAGAAGUCAGGUUGGAUUUGAACCGGAACGAAGAAGCUCCCACCCGUACAUGUGCAUCGACUUCCGAACUCUUCACACGCGGCUGGGCUGUGGGUCUACGUCGGCGAGCUCUGCUCCGGAGAGGAGGGUCCACAGACUGCUCAGCUUCCAGAGGUACCUGCAUUCAUCCCGCCUAUUGCGAGGAGUCCCCCAGCAGAUCCCCCUGCACAUCCUGGAUGAAGACUACACUGGACAGGCCAGAUGUAUGCUGGAAAAAGUCGGGAAUUGGAAUUUUGACAUUUUCCUCUUCGACAGGCUGACAAAUGGAAACAGCCUGAUCACCCUGACCUUCCACCUGCUGAACCAGUAUGGUCUGGUGGAGCUCUUCCAGCUGGACAUGGUCAAACUCUGGAGAUUCCUGGUCAUGGUCCAAGAGGACUACCACAGUGACAACCCCUACCACAACGCGGUCCACGCUGCAGAUGUCACACAGGCUAUGUACUGCUAUAUGAGGGAGCCCAUGCUUGCCAAGUCUCUGACCUCCUGUGACAUCCUAUUGGGACUCCUAGCAGCUGCCACACAUGACCUGGACCAUCCUGGGGUCAACCAGCCUUUCCUUAUCAAGACUGACCACUAUCUAGCUACACUCUAUAGGAAUACCUCAGUUCUGGAAAACCACCACUGGAAGUCGGCAGUGGGUCUGCUCAGAGAAACUGGGCUGUUCUCUCAUAUGCCUGCUGAGGACAGCCUGAACAUGGAGAGGGAGUUGGGCUCCUUAAUCCUGGCCACGGACAUCAGCAGACAGAACGAGUACCUGACAAGGUUUCGCGUGCACCUGGACCAGGAUAAUUUGUGUCUGAGCAGUGCCAGCCACCGUCACUUCAUCCUGCAGAUGGCUCUGAAGUGUGCGGACAUCUGUAAUCCAUGCAGACCCUGGGAGCUGAGCAAACAGUGGAGUGAGAAAGUGACUGAGGAGUUCUUCCAACAAGGAGACAUAGAGAAGAAGCACAAACUUGAAGUCAGCCCACUUUGUGACAGACAGGCCAACACCGUUGGCAACAUUCAAAUAGGUUUCAUGACAUACGUGGCGGAGCCACUGUUCGCAGAGUGGGCCCGUUUCUCCGACACACGUCUGUCCCAGACCAUGCUGGGCCACAUGGGGCUGAACAAGGCCAGCUGGGGCGGCCUACAGCAGGAACAAACCUCCGUCACAGAGGAGGCGGAGCCCAUCACAGCCGGCACAGACGCAAAAGACCCCACCGCUGCCGCCGGCGCCACUGCCCGAAGGGACAGUAACACCGCCACAACAGCAGGAGGAACCAGCUCCAAAGAAAUACCUCAGGGAAGCAGAGAAUCCUGACACUCCUCGUGUGCUCUUUCACCUCAACCUCCAGACCCCUGACCCCGGCCUCAGGGCCUUACCACACACUGGGGGCCGGGUGGGGCAUGCGAUGGCCUGCAUCCCUGCCGCUGCCCCACCUGAUCCCAACACCUUUGUUUAUGUUGUGUUUGCUUUUGCCUCCCAUCUUGAUAAAACCACUGAUUUUUAUUUAAUUUAUUUAAUUUUUAAUUCCUCUUUUUUGGCAUAGAGCAAUACAUAGAUACCUCAUUUGGCUACUGCUGUAUUUUCUUUUUAUUUGCUUUGUUUUAUUUAUUUGUCCACUGUAGUUUUUUGGCAUUACUGACUGAACACACCACUUUUUCUUUGUGUUUGUUAACCUUAAAGGGAAAGCAGUAUAAGAACUGAAGAAGACGUUUUUUUUUUCCUGGUAUUUUGAAGUGCCAUUUGAAAACAAAGAUUUGAAGAAUGAACUGAAUUGACUGAGACAACUGGAGUAUUGAGACCUGAUGACUCUCCUAAGACUUUAAAAGUAAAGCCGUAUUGCAUUUGUAUUGAAGAUUCUUCCUCAUGUAAAAACAAAAACGUAACAAAAAAAAAACAAAAAAAUGUGACAAGCCCAGUCCUUUUGCUGCCUCUACGAAGACUGUUUACGCAUCUCCUUGUUUGUUGUCUCUUUCCCUUCGAACUGAAGUGAAUCAUGUCGGCUCCACGGUUUGCCUUCGAAGCACAGAUGUGAAGAACCACUCGUUUAAACUGUCAUCCCACUGUUGAAGCCAUGAGCAGAACCUUAUUCAAACACACCAGAUGCCAUAAGUAACCUGUGCUACAGUGUGUUCUUGCACUCCCAAAUAAACAAUGGUGUUGGAUGUGCAGCUUCGUCUCCGUGACAUCUCCAAGAGACCUUGCAAAGGUAUUGUAGAAAUUAGUCCUUUUUUCCGAUGAUGUUUCCGACUCUUCCAGUGCUGGUUGAACUCGGGGUAGCUUCCCUCCCAGACUGGAGAUCGGUUACUGCACAUGCAUCUCACCUGGAACUCCACUCCACGCAACUCGACUCGCUCAGGGUUUUGCCAGUCUGUUAUCAAGAGGGAGAGGGAGAGGAGGUGAUCAUGGGCGAUGCAAGGUUGUUGGGUUUUUUUUUUUCCUCCCCUGGCUAGGAUCUACUGAAGGAGACUCUCCCUCUCCGCAGAAUGUCUCUCUCAGCCACAUGCAACCUAAAGGACUGCUCGAUUGAUGCCUUAUAACUAUGCACAAACUAUGCUAAGUGACCAAACCAGCUCCUGUUCCCAUCAGGUGCAUGGUGUGCUUGUCUUUGAAUGCACUGUCCAAUCCCUUUGCCUUUUUGUUGAGAGGAACAACUCCAGCUGUCCUUUGUUUUUUUCCUUUUGUACGGAAACAAAAAUGGUCGAGUGACUUUGAACAUUCCAUUUCUUUGUUUGGUUUGUCUACUUUGAUUCUGUAUAGUGGCACAAAUUGUGUUUGUGUUUAAACAUUUUGAAAGAUAACAGGUGCUUUUCUUACUUUAGCUGAUUUGUAUUUUGCUGUAAGUGCUGUAAGACUGUUGAUAAAACUGUUUACAAUUUGUUGCGACAGCCAUUUUUGGGAAGACUUAAGUGUCGAGCCAGAUUUUGUAAAGGCUUUGCUGUAUUGACCUUUUUGAUACAUGCCUGUUGCAGUUACAAUUUGAAUAAUAAAACCUGUUGUUGACAAAU